CCCCGCCCCCUGCCACCGCCGCACCUCCAUUCCGCGGCGCCCGCCCUCCCUCUCCGUGCGGUCGGUGCGUCCCUCCGCCUGUUCCCAGCCGCUGCGCCUCGCACUUCUGACUCGAGUACCCGCCGCGCUCGUCGUCGCCGCCCCGCGCCAUGGAGCCGGCCGCGGGCAGCGAGCGCCGCAGCCCCCCGGGCCCUGCCGUCCCGCCACCGCCCCGGGUCCACGCGCCCUUGGCCGCCGCCCCCGGCCCGGGCCCGCUGAGCUCCCCCGCGCACGAGCCGCCGCAGCCCGAGGAGGAGCGGCAGCUGCGGAUCAGCGAGAGCGGCCAGUUCAGCGACGGGCUGGAGGAUCGAGGCUUACUAGAAAGCAGCACUCGGCUAAAACCCCACGAAGCCCAGAACUACAGAAAGAAGGCGUUGUGGGUCUCCUGGUUCUCCAUUAUUGUCACACUGGCCCUGGCGGUGGCUGCCUUUACUGUCUCCGUUAUGAGGUACAGCGCCUCUGCUUUUGGGUUUGCAUUUGAUGCCAUCCUUGACGUCCUGUCUUCUGCGAUCGUCCUGUGGCGUUACAGCAACGCGGCCGCUGUACACUCUGCCCAUAGGGAAUACAUAGCCUGUGUCAUCUUGGGGGUGAUAUUCCUUCUGUCAUCCAUAUGCAUAGUGGUCAAAGCCAUCCAUGACCUCUCGACUAAGCUGCUUCCGGAAGUGGAUGAUUUCCUGUUCAGCGUCUCCAUUUUAAGUGGGAUCCUUUGCAGCAUCCUGGCUGUGCUGAAGUUUAUGCUGGGGAAGGUUCUGACCAGCAGAGCCCUCAUAACCGAUGGGUUUAACUCCCUCGUGGGGGCCGUGAUGGGCUUCUCCAUUCUGCUGAGCGCCGAGGUGUUCAAGCACGACUCGGCCGUCUGGUACCUGGACGGCAGCAUCGGGGUGCUCAUCGGCCUCACCAUAUUCGCCUACGGGGUCAAGCUUCUCAUCGACAUGGUGCCCAGGGUGAGGCAGACGCGCCACUACGAGAUGUUUGAGUGAAGGAGGCCGGGGCCGGCUGCCCUGCAUCCGCAUGAGGACUGUCGGGGCCACCGGAGGUUUCCAUGCAGGCAGACGGUACUGAUGUUUAACUGAACGUUCACUUUCUUUGUGCUCACGGGAACCAGGUCUCCCUAGCAGGCCGGACCGCACUGCUUCCCGCCACUGCCCCCGCCAAACACCGCAGGACCGUGAGCACGGAGCAGGACCCCGUCUCCGGCGGGAGGACUGACCUUUUCCAUCAUCUUCUGCAGUAAAAAGGUUCGUGUGGGGAGGAUACGACGUCUGCUUGGUGGACUGCCUCUGGGGUGCUCCCAGCCUCAAAUGGAGAGCAGCUCCCCGGACUCACCUCCUCGGUCCUCCACGUGGGCCCGGAGUCUCCUGGCAGAUUUUAAGAGAAGACCGUACCCGUUGGUCCCUCACCCCUUUAUCACUUCCUAAUUUCUGUCCAUGUAUUUCAUUCAUUUCAUACUGUUUUACUAAUCCUCAAUCUAAACACCAGAUUUGUUCUGAAGGAGGAGACCAUUCUAUUUUUAAAGUGCUUCGUGAUAGACGUGUGAGCUUUUGCAUGGUCGAUCUCAGCCCCUGACCCUUCCUUGUACAUUCAGAACCCGAACGUACGUGUAAACACAGGAUCCCUUUUGGAGAGGUGUGAAACUACAGUUUAUUUGUAAUAAAUAAUUAUAUAAUCUAU